GCCGCCAGGACCUCAGAGGCCGCAGAGCGCGGCCCCAGCCCGGCCCUCCGCGCCAUGGCCCCGCGCGCCCGGCGGCGCCGCCCGCUGCCCGCGCUGCUCGCGCUGUGCGCCCUGCUCGGCCCGCUGCAGGUGACUUUUCAGAUCACCCCUCCGUGUGGCAGUGAGAGGCACUAUGAGCAUUUUGGACGAUGCUGUAACAAAUGUGAACCAGGAAAAUACAUGUCUUCCAAAUGCACUACUACCUCCGAAAGUGUAUGUCUGCCCUGUGGCCCGGAUGAAUACUUGGACACCUGGAAUGAAGAAGAUAAAUGCUUGCUGCAUAAAGUUUGCGAUACAGGGAAGGCCCUGGUGGCCGUGGAGCCCGGCAACCGGACGGCCCCACGGCGCUGCGCCUGCACGGCCGGGUACCACUGGAGCGAGGAUUGCGACUGCUGCCGCCGCAACGCCGAGUGCGCGCCCGGCUUCGGCGCCCAGCCCCCGGCUCAACAAGGACACGGUGUGUCAGCCCUGCCUUCUAGGCUACUUCUCCGAUGCCUUCUCUUCCACAGAAAAGUGCAAACCCUGGACCAACUGUACCAUUCUUGGAAAGAUGGAAGCACAUCACGGGACUGAUAAAUCAGAUGUGGUUUGUAGUUCUUCUCUGCCAUCAAUGAAACCACCAAAUGAACCCCAGAUUUACUUGCCUAGUUUAAUUAUUCUGCUUCUCUUCAUAUCUGUGGCAUUAGUUGCUGCCGUCAUCUUUGGUGUUUACUACAGGAAAAAAGGGAAAGCACUAACAGCUAAUUUGUGGCACUGGGUCAAUGAGGCUUGCCGCCGCCUAAGUGGAAAUAAGCAGGAGUCCUCGGGCAGCAAUUUUAGCAGCACUCACAUGGAAGCCUCCAGCCAGCGUGAAAUUCGUGAAGGUGUCUUACUGCUGACUCUGGAAGAGAAGAUGUUUUCUGAAGACAUGUGCUGUCCAGACGAUGGUGGUGUCUGUGGGGGCGCGUGUGCAGACGGUAGUCCCCGUGCACGGGCAGAAGACGCCGGGAUGCUCACCUUGAUCAGCGAGAUUGAGGGGGACCCCUUCAGGCAGAUUCCUAUGGAAGACGAAUACGUGGACAGGCCCUCCCAGACCCCAGACUCUUUACUGUUCCUCACUCAGCCUGGAAGCAAAUCCACACCCCCUUUCACUGAGCCCCUGGAGGUGGGGGAGAAUGACAGUUUAAGCCAGUGCUUCACUGGGACAGAGAACAUGGUGGAUUCCGAAAGCUGCAACUUCGCCGAGCGCCUGUGCAGGACUGACUGGAUUCCCAUGUCCUCCGAAAAGUACUUGCAAAAAGUGGAGGGUGGCAAUUGCCCCCAUUGGGCAGCCAGCUCCAACUCUGCAGACGGCUGCACAGGCUGCGGGAACCCUCCUGGGGAGGACCGGGAACCCCUCAUGGGUUCCCCGAAAAGUGGACCCUUGCCCCAGUGUGCCUAUGGCAUGGGCCUUCCACCUGAAGGUGCCACUGACGGGGCAGAGGGAGCAGGCCAGCCCGUGGAUGGGGCUGAUGUAAGGCUUCCCAGCUCCACAAAGGGAGGCCCUGGGCCAGGAAGCCCCUCCAGUGACCAGCUACCUGCAUCUGGCAAUGUGACUGGAAACAGUAACUCCACGUUUAUUUCCAGCGGGCAGGUGAUGAAUUUCAAGGGCGACAUCAUCGUGGUCUACGUCAGUCAGAACUCCCAGGAGGGCCCGGCGGCGCCGGGCAGCGGCGCGGGGGAGCCGGUGGGCCGCCCGGUGCAGGAGGAGAGCCCGCCGCGCUGUGACUCGUUCGCGGGCCUCGGGCCGCGCUUCCCGGACACGUGUGCCGGCCUCGAGGCGCGCCCGGGCCCGGGGCUUCAGGAGCGCGGUGCCCCCGAGCCCGACAAGGCCUCGCGGCCGGUGCAGGAGCAGGGCGAGGCCGACGCCCGCGCGCCCGGGGCUUGGCGCUGAGCGGCCGGGGACCCGCCGCGGCCCACGGCGCCCCUCGGAUCCGCGAUGCCGCCGGAGUGCCGACCCCCCGGCCGUCCAGCCCGCCCUCUGCGCGGGCACGAACCGGACCGCAUCCUUACCCGGCGGCGCCGGCCGCUAGCACCUGCACCUGGGCGGGGCCGGGGAGCAGGGGGCGGGGCCCCGAUCUGCGCCUUUCCGCGCCUCCAUUCGGUACAUCUGCGUCAAAUUACCUGACGUUCUCUGCCCACCUGCUCUUCAUAGAAUCGGGGACUUUUUAAAAACGUGCAUUAGUUGUUACCAUUUGCUGAUGUCCAAAGUCACAUACCAACUAAUGACACAGGUACACGUUGCUCUCUUUGGUAGCUCCACUUUUUACCUCCUUUUAUGGAUUUUCUUUCUCCUUUCCCACCCUCCUUCCAUCAUUUCAUCAGUACUGGUCUCUAUGACAUCUCUUUUUAUGGCUAUCUGGCUCUAUUGGGGUUUGUAUUUUUCCCCCUAUAUUUGUAUGUCACUUUCAUAACUUUCCUAGCAUUGUUCUUGUUACUCCCCCCCCCCCCCCCCCCCCUUUGACUAUUUAAAGAUUUUCUUGAAAAUUCUCCUAAGGGUCCUGGUCUUUACAUAUUUUUCGCACCCCUUCUCACAAGUAGGUGCCUGUGUUUGGGCGAUGGCUUCUCGAGGGAGGGGUUGUCUGUACUAAGCACUUUGGGGAAAAAGCUGGAAAUGUGAAGCCUGGAGGGAGGCUCAGGGAACAAGUGGAAAGAUUCUUAGUUUUUGAAAAAUUUUCUGUUUCCGUUUUUCUGAAGGAAGGAGAAAGGGAAACCCCAUUUUCCCCCUUGAAUGUUUUUAGGUUUGUGUCAAUCCUUGGGCAGAACUAAGUGGCAGUUUUCGUCCUCGUCCCUUUCGCCAUCCCGAAAUAGUUCAUCCCCUGGGGUGAAUUUAUUUACCUGUUCCAGCAGAUGCAGUCAGGUACUUUGGCAACUAAAUCUCUCAAAAUCCAAGUUGCUGCAGCUUGGCAUUCUUAUUCUUGAUGUCUCUCUGGAAAAGAAGAGGAAAGUGAACAGGGCACGGGGAUAGCCUGCACGGAGUGAAAAAAGGUGCCAGGGAAGUUCCAGAAAGAAAGAAUAAAGUGGAAAUGUUAAUUUGCGUUUUCUCUUUCUGAAUAAGAAGGGCAUAAAUGUGUUUAGGCAAUAGGCCCUAUUUUCCUCCUAAAUAAUUGUAAUUUAGCCUUGUAGAAGUGGAAAACAUUCCUGCUAUUUUCUAAUGCAUUUAAAUUAAAAAUCAAAUCCUCAUAUUGUGAAUUGAAGAAAACUUACCCUGAAGAUGCUUUUCUCUUAGCAUCAGUCCUCUUGUGAAGAAGUAGAGCGUCUGAGUCAGACUGAAAGGAAUUACCCUGAGUUCUAUCUGUUGUGGCCAGUGAGCAUUUCUUCUCCUCAAAUACUGGAGAAAAAUUAAAAACCUAAGCAUAUUAAAAUUAACUUUGUGGACCUGGUAGGUUUUAAGAGUGCUGCUAGUUGUCACUGUCUAGACUUUAAUGGCCACAAUGCCCAGCUGAAAGGAAUGGCCGUUGGUCACUGGUUUCUCCCUACUUGUUGCAGAUCUCUUGGAAAUGCUAGAAGAGUAGUAGCAAAUUGUGAUUUUUAAUGAAGAAGCAAAGGGUGGCUCUGUAAUUUAUGGGACUCCUUAGCUGACAUAAAAAACUACAGGAAAUAACUGCAUUGCCAGAAUGAUCAGUGGUGGGAAUUUACUGUCCUGCCCUUUUAGUUAAUAUCCAUCCAAAGAGAAAUGUUAUAAAAAUGGAAGAAACCAUUAUACCUUUUGAUAUGGAGUAUCUUAGACAAAACAGAGUUCACAAAAUAGAAUGCUGAACUAGAGACCCAAGUUUCGACUGUGACUGUCAUCAUCUCACUGAUGUUACUUUACCUUCCUGUGCUUUCUUUUUUCUAUGAAAAGGCACUAAUGAUCAUAUUUGACACUUUCCCUACCCAGAGAUAACAAAAGGAUGCUACAGUGCCUGUUAAAGUAUCUUGAGCUCCUUAAAUAAAAGGUGCUAAAUAAAUACACAAGAAUCUACUUUCAGAAAAAGGUAGUAUUCUUUCCCACACUGAUCCUUACUAAUUCUAUAUUGAUCCAAAGACAAUGAAAUGAUAGGAAAUGUAUAGCAAAUAUAAAAAGGUCUGUGUCUAUAUUGUAGAGAUGUAUGUCACAAAUGUAAACAGAAUGAAAUGAAGACAAUAAUGAAAAAUUGGGGGAGAGGGGCAUGUGAUAAAGACUUUAUUAAACUUGUAUUUGACCAUAGAGAAUUUUUUUUUUCAUGGCUUGCUUAAACAGAGUUCUUUGUGAAAUAAUGGUCUGACUUGUUCCUGAUCUCUGUGGUGUGCCAUGAGGUCAAAUGUUAGUUAUGUUGUGUCUUGUUGGUGGAAACCUCAGCAACAGAGUUGGGACAGAAAAUGCCUUGCUAUGAUGAUAUAGCGUAUUAUGAUAGAUAUAUCAUAUAUGCUAUUUAUCUCAUAAGAAAAUUCUUUAAAAUACAGGUUGGCUAUGCAAAGAGUUGAAAGGGAUGUGGAAUUUAGGGUUUCCUACUCACAUUUAACUCUACUACCAAAAGAAGGAAGAAUUAAUUUCUCUUUCUACCUUAAGCACAAAGGGCAGUUUGAUGUCUUGAAAGCUUCAUGUGAGGAAGGGGGUGCUGUGUCACAAACCACCACCCCAAGACUUAGUGGCUUGAAACAGUCACCAUUUAUUGAGCUCACAGUUCUGUGGGUUGGUUCAAGUUGGUUGGCUCUUCAGGCCUGGGUGAGCUCAGCUGGGUUUGCUCCACCCAUGUGCAAUCUGCAGGCUGGCCGGCUGGGGGUUGGCUGGGCUAGACUGAGCCCUCUUCACACAGGCCCUCACACUCCCAGAAAGCUAGCCUAGCCAUGUUCUCAUGGCGGUGGUAGUGUUCCCAGAGACAAGCAAAAAUGAGCCACGCUUUUCGAGACUAGGCUUGAACUGGCACACUGGCACUUCUGCUACAUUCUGUUGGCCAAAGCAAGACACAAGGGCCCACCAGAUUCAAGAGGUGGGGAAAUAGACCCCCACCUCUUGAUAAGAAGAGUUGCAGGGUGACAUUGGGAGAAGGGUGGAUACAAGGGAAGAAUGGGGCUCCUUUUGCCGUCUAUCUACCACAGUGACAUUGUUUGAAUAAAAUGGCACAGGGAAGAGUGCAUCUGGAGCAGGAGUGGAGCAGUUCCCAGCCUCUAAUAAGUGGUUCCUUCUCUGGUGGUCGAAUUCCUUUGAUGCACAGUACAGUGGAUUCCUACAACUGGAAGGACACCAACAUUCACAUUUAAGUAUUGAAACUUCUUCCAAAGCCAAAUAUGCAUGAUUGGAGAACUGGAUCUACUUUUCUACUGCAUUCCAUCGGCACAGAGCACUGAUAAGUGACUAUUUGUAAAGUCAAGAAAAAUGGUGAGAUCGUUUGGGUAGAGGAACCUGUUACAUAAAUGGAUGUUGUUGGUGUUCACUCUU